AUGUCGAGGCAGCCUAAAUUGCGACCUAAGUCGCAUAUCCCAGGCUUCCCAGACGCCAUCUACAAUCUCGCUGCGGUACCAUCUUUGUCGCAACUCGAGUCUCGCGCAGGUCUAGGAGAUGAGAAGCAUGACCAGCGCGUCUUUCGUGUCAAACGCAAGCAUGUGUUGAAGGCUUGCGAUCGUUGCAGAGUUAAGAAGACCAAGUGUGAUGGGAAACAGCCGUGCAACCGUUGUUCGGCCUACAAUCAUCCCUGUCUGUUCCGGGAACGGAAGGCCACGCAGACCAAAGUAUACUCUCGAGGAUUCGUCGAGAUGCUUGAAUCCCACCAUUCGCUGGUUGUUAAGGCGCUCCAAAGGCUAUACAAACUAUGCAUUGACAAGGAAGGAUUCCCCGGCGAGCCUCUCGUCGAGCUCUCGGACGGUCAGCCUCUAACUCAUGCCAUCCUGGAUCGUCUCGGAUUGAUCAAACAGGCCGAAGAGAAUCCAGAGGAGCCCGAGGAAGACACUGAAGACCUGCGGUACCUGCGGUUCCUGUCCACCUCGACGGACUGCAGUGCUACGACGGAUCCUUCCCCAGAACCAGCCACUCCUCCGGAUCCUACUCCCAGUAGUUGCAGUCCUAUCACUCCUACCUCCUCCAAGGGACCAGAGCCUUGGAAAUGGGAGUUGCAACCUGUCCAGCCCCUUCACUCGGGACAAUAUCAUAGUUACUCUCAACCUGGAUACCACCAGAUGGCGUUGACGCGAACAAACCUGGAGCCACAUGGAUUUUCCAGUGAAGAUAAAUGCCCAGAAGUUGUCCCUUCUAUGGCCGAUCAUGGACAUCCCCUCUAUUACUACAUGGCUGCCAGCUGUGAUGAAGGGCCUCCCAAAAGCCGCCUAGAAGCUGGCGUGGCAGCCAGGCCAGGCUCGCACCAGCCCGCCACCGCAUCGGGAUUUCCUGUGGUCAUGAUGAAUGACUUUAACCUCCAUGUACCGGAGCACCAGCCCGUUUACCCAUCUCUUCCAUCUGGCUGGACAUAUACAUGUGGAUAG